AUGCGCGGCAUCGAGAUCAAGGAAUAUGUCAAGGUAAGCUCCGUCUAUCCCACAGUCUCCUCUGUCAAAAUAAAACUGGAAGCUCACGCUCAAAAGUCUCCCAAAGAGCUCCGUGUGACGGAACUCCCGGACCCCGUUCCCAAGAAGGACGACGAGUACCUCAUUCAAGUCCACGCCACGGCAGCAAACUUCUUUGACAUCCUCCAAAUCCAAGGGAAAUACCAGACCCAGCCUCCCUUCCCCUGGAUCUCAGGCGCCGAGUUCGCCGGUACAGUUCUCAAAGCCCCGUCAUCCAACCCUAAAUACCCCGUCGGCGCUCGCGUCUUUGGCGCCACACAGGGCGCUUUCGCCACCAAGUGCCUCGCCCGCGAGCGGGACCUCCUCCCCAUCCCCGAAGGCUGGUCCUAUCAGGCGGCCGCUGGCCUCUUUGUCACGGCGCCGACGUCUUACGGUGCCCUAGUCGUCCGCGCAGGAAUCAAGACCGGCGACAUCGUCCUUGUCCAUGCCGCCGCCGGUGGCGUCGGUCUCGCCGCCGUGCAGGUCGCAAAGGCCUUUGGUGCCACCGUCAUCGCGACGGCGUCGACAUCCCGCAAGCUCGAGGUCGCAAAGGCGUUCGGUGCGGACCACGUCGUCGACUACCGUGAAGCCGACUGGCCAGCAAAGGUCAAGGCGCUGACGCCCAAGGGCAGGGGCGUGGACAUCGUCUACGACCCAGUGGGCAUGGUCGACGCGAGCACAAAGUGCACGGCGUGGAACGGGCGCAUACUCAUUAUCGGCUUCGCAGCCGGCAAGAUCGAAAAGGUCGCCAUGAACAAGGUCCUCCUCAAGAACAUCAGUCUCGUAGGCAUAUUCUGGGGCCAGUAUGCCGUCAAGGAGAAGGAGACGGUCGUCGAGGUAUGGAAGGGCAUCAUGAGGCUCGUCGCCGAGGGAAAGCUACGUGGAACCGAGUUCACAGACGAGGAGUUUGUCGGCCUAGAGCGCGUCCCUGAUGCGCUGAUAGCCCUCGGAAGCAGAGGUACCUGGGGUAAGGUGGUUGUGAAGAUCCCUCAGGAUGGCCAGAGCAAGUUGUAA